GCAUGAUGAGCUUCACGAUGUAAAUGGUAUUUUAUUUAGAAAUGAGAGAAUUGUGAUACCGGUUUCGUUGCGCAAAGAGAUGGUGCGUCGAGUUCAUGAGGGCCACCUGGGGGUGGAUAAAUGUCAGAGACGAGCGCGCGGAGUGAUGUGGUGGCCCGGCAUGGCGCGGGACGUGGAACGCGCCGUGCUGGCGUGCGAGACGUGCCAGCGACACCGCGCGGCGCCCGCGCGCGAGCCGCUGCAGCCGCACGAAGUGCCCGAGCGCCCGUGGCAGGUACUAGCGGGUGACAUUUUUGAGUUUAAAGGCAAAAUGUUCUUAUUGGUUGUAGAUUAUUUUUCAAAAUUUGUUGAAAUUAGCUGUUUAAAUAACUUACAAAGUGGUACCGUAAUUGAAUCACUUAAACAAAUGUUUAGUCGGCAUGGGAUACCAGAAAAAAUUGUCACCGACAAUGGGACACAAUUUACGUCAAUGGAGUUUAAAGGGUUUUGUAAACAAUGGGAAUUUGCGCAUGUCACCAGUUCACCUUUGUACCCGAGAUCGAACGGUCUCGCAGAACGCAACGUACGCACAAUAAAGGGAUUAAUGUUAAAAGCAUAUGAAACAGGGAGUGAUUGGUAUCUCGGUUUACUAAAUUUCAGAAAUUCACCCGUGACAGGAGAAACAUACUCUCCGGCUCAAUUAUUAAUGAGUCGAAGUUUAAAAACACGUUUACCGGUAACAGAUGCGUUAUUGAAACCGCGCACAAUUGAUCGCCGUUUAUUUAAAGACGAGAGAUCAGCAAGAAUAAAUAAUUAUAAAUCAAAUUAUGAUCGUGGGACUAGGGCGUUACCAAAAUUAAAUCCAAACGAUACGGUACGCGUGAAGCAAAAUAAAGAGUGGGUAAAGUCACAAAUAGUUAACCAAGCUCAAGAUGGUCGUUCGUACUGGCUACGAACUAACGAUGGUGGAGUUUACAGAAGGAACCGUCAGCACAUAUUGAAAGUUCCAGACACGACCAGCGAAGUAGCGCCUCGUAGUCAACCUAACACUGGCCGUACGCGGGGUUAUUUGGACUGGGACCAGUUUCAGAGUCCUGGAGAGCCGGCAACCGGUGCCGUGACCACCAGACCCGACUUGCAACCAUCGACUUCGGCUAAUAGGUAUUACGUAACUCGAAGUGGCAGAACAGUAAAACCACCUCAACGAUAUUCAUGA